AUGUUGUUCCAACGCGGUCGAGGCCAUAGCCGCAACGACGAAAAACCUCGUCAUCCUUGGCUCCGAAAGCUAUGCCAAUCCAACGUGCUCAUCUACCUUGUUCUUUCUUCGAGCGUGGUGAAUGUUCUACAAGCGCUUUUGAUCGGUCUGAGCAGUCCUUGGGUCAAGCAACAUCUAGCUUCUGCAUACAACAGUCACGACGGUUCUGUUUAUCGCGAGUCAAUCAACACUAUUGAGAAAUCACUGUAUCCCCCGACGCUCUACGACGACGCUCUUGUUCUUCAGACUGUGGAGAAUGUGAUAGAUGCGUACGACCCGGGCAACUCGAUUGCAGCACUCCCGCGCGAAGGACUACUCCCUUCGCAACCAUUUCCGUGGGACACGUCAAAGGAAGUAUAUGCUUACCACGGGUAUCAUAGCUUGCAUAGUGUACAAGUUAUUUACCGAAUGCUACGCGAGCUUGCCGGCGAUGAGGCCAUUAAUGGGCACGCUCUCCAUUCACUUGUCGUGCUCUGGGAAGACGCGCUUUGUACAGUUGAUACAACGCCUCGAUCUGUCAACAGUGUAAUGCUACUAAACGACACUGCCGUAGCUGAAGCCGGACAGGUGCGGUAUGUUUGCGAGGAUCCUGUCCUCGAAUCCUUCAUCGCAUGUAUACCAACGGGUACUGACUUUGCAUAUUAG